AUGAUUUCUCCAUCUCUCAAAACACUUGGCAUGUUGAUGGUGGUAGGAGCUCUCAUUGCUCUCUCUUUAGCCAUUCUCUUUACAGAAGGUCGAAAGCACAGAAAGCCUUGUAAAAUGCCCAAGAUUCGUCGAUACUACAUUCAAGCAGAAACUAUUGAAUGGGACUAUGCACCCACCGGUAUGGACAACUUUAUGGGAAUGGAACUUCCAGCCAUUCACCACAAGAAACCCAAUCAAAUAGGAACCAAAUACCUCAAAGCCAAAUAUGUGGAAUACACGGAUGAAACCUUUACCACGAAAAAGCAUCAACCUGCAGACAUGGGUAUUUUGGGGCCAGUCAUUCGAGGUGUCGUUGGAGAGCAGUUGAGAAUUCUCUUUAGAAACAAGCUUCCUUUCCCUGCAAGCAUUCAUCCUCAUGGUGUUCUCUAUGAUAAGGCCAGUGAAGGAGCUGGGUAUGUGGAAAAACCUGGUGGUCCCUUCGUUUCUCCAAAUUCUGGUGACGCUGUCAUGCCAGGAGAAGAAUUUGAAUAUGUUUUCAAUGUUCCAGAAAGAGCUGGACCUUUGACAGGCAAUCCUUUGAGCUCCAUUGCUUGGAUGUAUCACUCACAUGCCAUGGAUGAACCAAAAGAAACCCAAGCUGGAUUAAUUGGUUUUAUUGUGAUUACCAGAAAAGGUAAAGCAAAGAAGAAUGGCGCACCAAAGGAUGUUGAUCGAGAGUUUUUCGUCAUGCCUAAAAUCUUCGAUGAACAAACUUCUGGAUUUUUAGAACAAAACAUUUUAAAGUAUCUAAACGAUACAGGUAAACUUACUGAUGCUCAGUUCCAAUCAUUCAAGAAUGGUGCCAUUAGAGCAAGUAAUCAAAAGGAUAGCAUUAAUGGAUACAUAUUCAUUAACAAUCCAGGUAUUCGUAUGUGUGAGGGAGAGCGUGUAAGAUGGUAUGCUGGUACUAUUGGUGCCUUUGAUUUGCACCCUGUCCACUGGCAUGGGAUUGUAGGUUCGGAAGAUGGAGUUCGUAGAGUCGAUACAGUGUUUGUGGCACCUGGUAUUGCUCGUGUGUUGGAUACUGAGGCAGAUAAUCCAGGAUCAUGGUUGUUCCACUGUCACAUUGAUGGCCACAUGAUGGAUGGAAUGGUUGAUAUUUUCCACAUUGACAAGUGUAAGAAGAAGAGCAGAGAAUAA